AUGACCAGGAGUCAGCCUGCGUCCCGCUGGACGCUAUUGCUCUCCUUGGUCUUUCUUAUCGCAUCCAUUGUUGUUCCCGGAUUGGCUGUGAAACAUGAAAACUUCAAAACCUGCGAGCAGUCCGGAUUCUGCAAACGAAACCGAGCCCUCGCCGACAAUGCCUCCGCCCAAGGCGCGUCAUGGAGCUCCCCCUACGAGCUAGACCCCGCUACCAUCCACUUCAAGGAUGGCCAAUUGACCGGUGUUUUGAUCAAGACCACGGCUGCCAACGAAAAGAUUCGGCUUCCUCUCACGGUUUCCUUCCUCGAAUCCGGUGCCGCUCGUGUGCUCGUCGAUGAAGAGAAGCGCAUGAAGGGCGAUAUCGAAGUGCGACACGGCAGCAAGGCAAACAAGAAACGUUACGACGAGGCUGAGAAGUGGGUUGUUGUCGGUGGUUUGGAAAUCAGCAAAUCGGCCACUUUGAACGGUCAGACCGAGACUGGUUUCACCAACGUUCUCUACGGACCGAGCGACAAGUUCCAGGCGAUUAUCCGGCAUGCCCCGUUCGAGGUGGAAUUCCAGAGAGAUGGCGAGACCCAUGUACAAGUUAAUCAUCAGGGCCUGCUGAACAUGGAACACUGGCGCCCUAAGAUCGAAGGCAAGGAGGGCGAAUCCGGAGAAGACCAGAGCACUUGGUGGGAAGAGACCUUUGGUGGCAACACCGAUUCUAAGCCUCGUGGUCCGGAGAGUGUCGGUCUUGACAUUACCUUCCCCGGGUAUAAUCAUGUGUUUGGUAUUCCCGAGCACGCUGACUCGCUUUCACUCAGAGAGACUAGGGGUGGAUCUGGCAACCAUGAGAAUCCUUACCGAAUGUACAACUCUGAUGUCUUUGAAUAUGAGCUCAACAGCCCUAUGACUCUGUACGGAGCGAUUCCCUUCAUGCAGGCUCACCGCAAGGGCUCCACCGUCGGUGUCUUCUGGCUCAAUGCAGCCGAAACUUGGGUUGAUAUUGUCAAGAAGGCCGGUUCUUCUAACCCACUAUCGAUGAGUGCCCACUCAAAGACAAACACCCAGACUCACUGGUUUUCUGAAGCCGGUCGGAUCGAUCUCUUUGUUUUCCUUGGACCCACUCCGCAGGAUAUCAGCAAAACCUAUGGCGAGCUCACCGGUUAUACUCAGCUCCCUCAGCAUUUUGCCAUUGCUUAUCACCAAUGUCGUUGGAACUACGUCACCGAUGAGGAUGUGAAGGAGGUGGACUCGAAGUUCGACAAAUACCAGAUUCCCUACGAUGUGAUCUGGCUUGACUUGGAAUAUACCGACGAUCGGAAGUAUUUCACCUGGGAUCCGCUCACCUUCCCGAACCCGAAGGGCAUGCAGGAGAAGCUUGACGAAUCCGAGCGGAAGCUUGUGGUUCUCAUUGAUCCCCAUAUCAAGAACAAGGAGGACUUUUAUGUUUCCCAGGAGCUGAACAGUAAGGGUCUCGCUGUUUUGAACAAGGACGGUGAGGUAUACGAUGGAUGGUGCUGGCCUGGUUCGUCCAACUGGGUCGACUGCUUCAACCCGGCUGCGUUCCCCUGGUGGAACAGCCUACAUAAAUAUGACAAGUUCAAGGGAUCGAUGCCCAACUUGUUCAUUUGGAAUGACAUGAAUGAGCCGUCUGUCUUCAACGGGCCGGAAACUACCAUGCCCAAGGAUAACAUGCACUAUGGAGACUGGGAGCACCGUGACGUUCACAACGUGAACGGUAUCACCCUUGUCAAUGCCACUUACCAAGCACUGCUGGAGCGCAAGAAGGGUGAGGUCCGCCGGCCUUUCAUUCUGACCCGCUCCUAUUAUGCUGGAGCCCAGCGUAUGGCUGCCAUGUGGACCGGUGACAACCAAGCCACCUGGGAGCAUCUGGCUAUUUCCCUGCCAAUGGUCCUGACCAAUGGUAUCGCGGGCUUCCCCUUUGCUGGUGCAGAUGUGGGCGGCUUCUUCCACAACCCUGACAAGGAUCUCCUGGCCCGCUGGUACCAAGCUGGUAUCUGGUAUCCCUUCUUCCGUGCUCACGCUCACAUUGACACCCGUCGCCGUGAGCCCUAUCUGAUCAGUGAGCCGCACCGGACUAUUAUCUCUCAGGCAAUUCGUCUGAGAUACCAGCUCCUUCCUGCGUGGUACACUGCUUUCCACGAGGCUUCGGUCAACGGCACGCCUAUUGUGUAUCCCCAGUACUACCUUUUCCCCGAUGACGAGCAAGGAUUUGCCAUCGAUGACCAGUUGUAUCUCGGUAAGACCGGUCUCCUUGCCAAGCCAGUCGUCACGGAGAAUACCUUCACCACGGAUAUCUAUAUCGCCGACGACGAGAAGUACUAUGAUUACUUCGACUUUACCGUCUACCAGGGAGCAGGCAAGAGACACACUGUCCCAGCCCCGGAAGACAAGGUGCCUCUGUUGAUGCAAGGUGGCCAUAUUGUUCCCCGCCGGGACCGCCCUCGCCGCAGCAGCGCUCUCAUGAAGUGGGACCCCUAUACAUUCGUCGUGACUCUCGACAAGAACGGCGAGGCCGAGGGCUCCCUUUACGUCGAUGAUGGAGAGACCUUCGACUAUGAACGCGGUGGUUAUAUUCACCGCCAAUUCCGCUUCCACGACUCGGUCCUGACCUCCGAAGACCUCGGCACCAAGGGACCCAAGACCGCCGAGUACCUGAAGACCAUGGCUGGCGUCACUGUCGAGCGUGUGAUUGUCAUUGAUCCUCCCACUGAGUGGAAGGGCAAGACCACCGUGACUGUCAUUGAGGAUGGUGCCAAGGCCGGUUCCACUGCCUCACUGGAGUACUACGAGCAGCAGGGUGGCAAGGCUGCUUAUGCUGUGGUCAAGAGUCCCAAUGUCGGCAUUGGAAAGACGUGGCGGAUAGAGUUUUGA